AUGCGGACGGCGCUAAAUAAAUUAAAUGAUGAAGGGAUAGUACGUCCUGAUGCACGUGGUGGUCGACACGCCAGUUUGCGUGAAAAAGAUAGCGCUACUCGGUCUGCUGCCCAUAUUCAACUAUUUCCUCGGAUGGAAUCACACUUUUGCAGACAGUCCACCACCAGGGAGUAUUUGCACCCAGAUCUGACUAUUAAGAAAAUGUAUUAUUUUUAUGUGCAAGAGGGACGUCAGCCAGAGUGUAGUUAUUACACCUAUCGAAGCGUAUUCAAGUCAUUGAAUCUUUCUUUCCAUCACCCAAAGAAAGGCCAGUGUAGCCUUUGUUCGUCCUAUAAAGAAGGCAGCACGGAAACGAAGGCCAAACUCGAAGAUUCUUUUGCUGCACACAUUGCAGAGAAGGACUCUGUGCGAAAGAAGAAAAAAGAUGCUAAAGAAUCAUCACAAGAAAACCCUGAAGUAAUAGCUAGUGCUGUAUUCGACCUGCAACAGAACGUUUGUGGGUUUAGGAUGCUUCUCGAUAGAGAUGCGUCUUUUGAACAUCAAGGCAGCAGCGGUGGCCGCAGUGCUAGACGCUUAGGCAAUCAGAAUUACGCGACCGUGUAUGGUCGUGUUUGCAAUCGGGAGCGUUUCCGGCUCCGUCGCGAACCUUAUCGGAAAGUAUCUACCGCCAUCGAGAACCAUCAAACGUCGUCUAACAAGCUGUCUGGAAGGCUCUGGAUUAGUCGAUUUGGAAUAAAUAGAUGCUACGACGGCAUAAUGGCAGAGUCGAGCGGACCGACAGUCAACAACGCGGAAUGCCAUAGUUCAGUCGAAUAG